GCAACCCCAAGCAGCGUUCCUUGUCCGGUUCCCAACAUCUUCACUUUGCAGUCAAAGUAACCUCAGCUGGCUCUGCUGUGCUGCAAAUUCCCAUUCAAGGACAGAAUCAUGUCUGACUCUGGUCAACAAUAAUCACAUUUCCGCGCCCUCCCAUCAACCUCGAACAGAAUGCCUUCCGCGUCCCCCUCUCCGGUUAAAAGGCCGUCGCUCAAUGAGCGAACGUCCUCGACGCAUUCGCUGUCAUCGUCCGGCAGACAGGCCACGGGUCACAAGGCUCAUCGUCCUCAUGUUGUAAACCGCCAUGCGAGAAAUGUGUCGCAUGGAAAGGGACUCGUGAAAUUGGGCAAAGUUCAUUCGACGGCCAAUAUUACCACGGACCUUCACCAUCAGAGAAAGAGGUCAGGAGGCACUACACCACCACACAGUCCACGAGCAUCCAUAGUGAAACGGAACAGCUCUCACGUUGUGCUACCCAAAGACACGUCAUUUGGGAAUUUGCGCAAGAAUAAAUCGGCCAACGCGCUGGCUCGAAAUCUGUCGCAUCCCGCAUUGAAGAAAGUCGGGCUUGCGCCGGCCCCGAAGCCAAAACACAAACACAAGAAAGACGGUGUCUUUCAGCUAGGCGACCAUUCGUCGGAUGAGGAAGAAGAGGAAGAAUGGGAGGACUCGACGACUCAAUCUCCAGAGCUCACACGCAACAAUUCCAAGACUUCAACGCCUAAUAGGGCUUCUACACCCAACGGUGAAGAAUUGCCAAAUCAUCGCGCAGAGUCGGACAUUGGUCGCCCUGAUAAGAUGCCAUCUCCGCCUUCACCGUAUCUUACGACUAAUAACCGAUCGGCCCCUGAUCUCAGAAGAGGAUCCGGUAUAUCGCCGUCCCAAGUUCCCUCUGAGCCCCCUCUUCUUCACCAAAACCAUCGUGCUUCUCGCGCUCCUCCGGCCAUGUCCACGGUAUCUGCACAUGUUGAUCCGACUCAAAUGAUGAGAAGCGAGUCAUCAAGGUCGUUUACUCAUAUUUCGCAUGCCGAUGCGGCCUCAGCGAAUGCUACUCCAUCCACCCCUGCUCCAGCACCUGUCCCAGGAGCUUCGUCGGUUGAUGCCGGCGGGGUGUCGCACUUUCUUCCUACAGAUACGCCUGGCACAUCUCUACGCCACAACGCUGUGGAUGGAUCGGACGAGGACCCCCCGUCGGAUUUCCUCUCCCACUACAAGCCACAGCCGUCCGAAUCGCCGGAGAGGACAAAAACCAUCCACAAGGCCCGCUUGCCACAAAAUGCGUCCCGAACACAACAAAGGCUGGAGCUGCAACGGAGGGAGAUGAUGCGCGCUGGUGCCGCCACGCCCACCACUCACCCGCCUACUGGCAUGGGUCUUCCUUAUGGUUCCACUACGUCGUUGCACGGCCGGCAGGCCUCAAGGAAUAGGAACCGAGCCUUGGCCGGCGAGGUCAACACUGUCAAGCAGGAUUACGAAACUGCGAUCAAGCAUUUGCUGGUUGUGCGCAGAUUUAGAAGUCCUAUUGUGGAGAGCCUGACUCGACUCAAGGAGAAUAACAUCCUGCCAGCAGAGAUUGGCGGGGCCACAGCCUCACCUUGGUCGGCUACUAAAGGCAGGCCCCAGAGUCGACGUGAGCCUAGUUCGGCAACGGUGAACGGGCUUGCAAAGUCUGUCCUAAGCCGCAGCCUCGACGACCACAAGUCAUCGCCUCCAGCGCCUUCUACCAGUACGAAAACUCGAGGUGGGCGAGUUCAUUUCCAGCGUCGGAACAGUCAUGACGAUAUCGAAGUAACGCCCUCUCAGGGAAGUCCAGAUGAACAUCAUAUUGACGACCACGAAGGGCUUUCGCCCGAGGAGGAAUUGAUACGACGGAUAUGGGACAGCCGGCAUGUUUUUGAGUCCUGAGUCCAUGUCUUGACUGGAUGAAUCGGGCCGAAUCCGAGCCUUCGGCCGUCUGAGGAUGGAUGAUGAUUUCAGCUGCAUUUGACGUGCGGUUUUCUGUGCUGCGUUUGAGCGGAAUGACACAUUUCACGUGAAAGGGCGAUGAGGGCAGGUUACAUCAUGUUAUCAUCCACAACGAUGGUGGGAGGUUAAUCGUGUAUCAUCGGCAAGCAUUAAUGGACACCAUUGUUGUGUCCGGAGAAUACCUACCUAAAGCAUGACAGUCUUUCGUGUCCUAAAUGUUGCAAUCAGGCGGCCAGCCUUGACUAUUGUCCCGCCCCAGCUGCGUCACAAGCAGUAAGCGGCCUGCCGAGCUUCACCGGACUGCUCUUGUAAAGUUGUUGCCUGGAAAACUGCCUGCGGGUUCGGGCACUCCAUUCAAUGCAAUAUUCUCAGGUAAUUUCGAGUCUCAUACGCCAUUAACAAUAAUCCAUCGGUGCGUGUUCCGUUUUAUGGGGUUUCAGGUUGUGCUGCCAGACCAACCAAUCCUCUUAUUAACUGCCUUCUCUUUGAAGCCACACUUUCUGCAGUAGGUGCUACACCCAACUCUUGUAUGAGGGCAUCCAAUUCGGGCCCCUCCAUCUGAGCAAUUUAUCUUGAAGUCGCGGGGAAACCGGGAAUUUGAGCAGCAGUCAAAUUAUUGACCAGUGGCGUGAGAGGAGACAAUUGGGUAGCAGCGUAUGAAUUCUGAAUCCG